UAAAAAUUAACCAAAAAAAAAAAAAAAAAUGCCUAUUAAAAUUGAGGAACCAACACAACAACAAAUUAAUGAACUGCGUAACCUUUUCAUUAAGAAGUACGAAACGAAUCCACCGAUAGUUGCCUUUCAUCCUGUUGACAUUAAUCGUAUACUUAAUGAGGAUAUUUGGUGUCGGAAAUUUUUGGAAAUGUAUGAUCUCGAUAUGAAUUUAGCUUUCGACAAGCUAUGGUUCACUUGUAUAUGGCGUCAAGAAUACGGUGCUAAUGAUUUAAAUGAAAGCGAUUUACGUAUGGAUUAUUUAAAUGAUGGUUUCAUCUUUAGUCAUAACCAUGAUAUCGAUGGUAAACCUUUGUUAAUAUUUCAAACCAAAAAUCAUAUAAGAGGUUCAAAAAAUAUGGACGAUGUUAUCAAAAUAUUGGUCUAUUACAUUGAACGAUUGCAUCGUCAAACGAAUAUGGAUAAGAUUACAAUAUUUUUCGAUAUGAAUGGCUGCGGCUUAUCGAACAUGGAUUUAGAAUUUAUAAAAUCGAUUAUUGAAACAUUUAAACAAUAUUAUCCGAGUGCUUUAAAUUAUAUACUCGUUUAUGAGAUGGCAUGGAUUUUGAAUGCUGCUUUUAAAAUUGUUAAAGGACUUAUGCCCGAAAAAGCUGUAGCGAUAUUAAAAAUGAUUAAUAAGAAAAGCAUUAGCACUUAUAUAGACAAGAAUAAUUGCUUAGCCAGUUGGGGUGGCAAUGAUAAUUAUGAAUUUACUUUUGAACCGGAAAAUAAGAAAACAACACCAACACCGCCAUCACAACAUGCAGAAACUAAUGGAACUAGACAUGCGGACGAUCAACGUAAUCAAAAUGGAAAUGCACAAUUCUUUGACAAUAGUAACAACAGUGAUGAUAAAAAGGUCCACUUUGCUAACGGUAGUUCAAUACGUGUACCAGCUGAAUCCGCACAAAUGACCGAUGUACCGGAGCGUUAUACACCAGAAGAGCUGCAAUCAGACGACAUGUUACGUAUAGUACCAAAUGAUUAUAUACAAUUUCCAAGAGGCGAUCCUUCGGAAAGCAUAUUGCAGCUAAACAACACAAGCAAACAACCGGUGACAUUUAAGAUUCAAACUACAUCACCGGAAAAGUUUCGUGUGCGCCCACGUUGUGGUCUAAUAAAUCCGGGUGAAACGACAACCGUUAACAUUUUAUUAAAAGCGGAACACAGUCUUUCGGAUAAUGCCAGAGAUAAAUUUUUAAUUAUGUGUUUACCUGCCCGAGAAAUAAGCAACGCUCAAGUGGGUGAAUUUUGGAAGAAACAAAACAAUAACGGACCAAAUGUGGAGCAGCACAGAUUGUGCUGCAUAUAUAAAGACGCGCCUUUACCAACUCCCAGCAGCCAACCAAUGACGACCCUAACUCAAAAAGGCGCAGGCGAGGCUUCUCCCAGGUCUACGCCGGCCAGUUCCACAUGCGCACUAGAACGUCAACUAAGAUUUACCCAAGUGCUUCAAGUGAUCACGUUAAUUUUCCUGCUUAUGCUUUCCGGAGCUGUUAUAUAUUUAUUAAUGCUACAACUAUGCGGCGAUGCUGGUUGUUUCUCCAGAGACGUUGCCUCAGACACCAGCGAAGGAGCACCAUGUGGCAAAGCAAAACGUGAUCUAUAAUAUUUACUCACGAAAUGCAAUUUGACCAAACAGCGCCUACUCAAUGCCGCUGCAGCUGCUACUGCCACCAAUUGUCAUCAAUGGCAACAAAAUCUC